AUGGCUUGUAAUCCAGAGACAAGAAGAGUAUUACAGACAAUGUUUAAUUCAAGAUGUGUGAAAGAGAAUACACCAAUUUUAAAACGUUUAAUGGAAUUACGUAAAGAACGUGCAACAAUCUUAGGCUUUCCUACACAUGCAGAUUUCAUGCUUGAUCUACGUAUGGCUAAAACAGCAGCUAAUGUAGACAAUUUUUUAAAUAAUAUUGGUUCAAAGUUAGAGAAAGCUCGUCAGAAAGAGACACAACGUUUGUUGGAAUUGAAGAAGGAAGAGUGUGAACGUUUAGGCUAUCCAUUCAAUAAUCGUAUUGAUCCAUGGGAUAUAAAUUACUAUAUGAAUAAAGUGAAAGAAAAAGAUUAUUCCCUUGAUAUACAAGCAUUGAAAAAAUAUUUCCCUCUGACAAUUAUUAAAUCGGGUAUAUUAAACUUAUAUCAACAUUUGCUGGGUUUAAAAUUUGAGCGUAUCUCCGAUCCGAAUGUAUGGCAUUCAGAAGUUGAAAUGUAUUCAGUAAUCGAUGCACAAUCCAAUAAUCUACUGGGUUAUUUCUAUCUUGAUUUACAUCCACGAGAUGGUAAAUUUGGCCAUGCAGCUGUAUUCAGUUUACAAUCUGGCUGUUGUAGACCAUUGAAUACUCUGCCGUGUGAUAAUCCUCCUAGAAGUGAUGCUGAAAGCAGGGAUCAACUAACACCAACACCAACACCAUCAUUUGAACGUCAAGUGGCAAUAGCUGCAAUGGUAGCUAAUUUUACUGCACCGGAUAAAGAAACUGGUGAAGCUUAUCUAUUACAUGAUGAAGUGAAAACAUUCUUUCAUGAAUUUGGUCAUCUGAUGCACCAUAUAUGUUCGGGUACACAAACUGCAUUAUUUAGUGGAACACAUGUUGAAACUGAUUUUGUAGAAUGUCCAUCACAAAUGUUAGAGAAUUGGGUUUGGUGUGAAGAGGGAUUGAAUGCAUUACUUGGUACUGCUUCUGCUACUACUACUACGCCUACGUCUAUUACGGAGAAUAGUCAAAAGAUACCAAAAGAUAUGUUGAAUAGCUUAAUCAAUUCUCGAAUGGCAAAUGCUGGUCUCUUCUAUUCUAGACAACUUUUAUUAGCUACAUUUGAUCAAGCUAUACACACCACAAAAUGGAAAGAUGAUCCAGUAACUACUUUCAAAGAUUUAAGUGUUAAAUGGACAGGAAAUGAACCUAUACAAGGUACAUUCAUGCCUGCAUCAUUCGGACAUUUAGCUGGAGGAUAUGAUGCGCGAUAUUAUAGUUAUUUGUGGAGUGAAGUGUUUAGUGCUGAUAUGUUUGAAUCACGUUUCAAGUGUGCAGUAGACGGUGGAUGUAUGAGUCAAUGUGUUGGACGUGAUUACAGAGAGAAAAUUCUCUAUCCAGGUGGUUCAAAAGAUGCUAUAGAUAUGUUAAAAGACUUUUUAGGUCGUGAACCUAAUGAUAGAGCUUUCUUUAAAUUAUUAAAUGUUGAAGCAUAA